CGUAGUCUCCUCUUGACCGUGUUGUGCUGAGCCAAGGCAAGAAUCAUCACCCUGUAAGACGCUUCCAUGGUAAUGUGAUGGUAUCCAGUGCUGAUGGUAGCAAGACUCUCUAUUGCUGAAAUACGAUGCACCCAAGACAUUUCUAUACUCGUUGGCAAGGAAUUGAUAAGGUAUGGAAUGGAGGAAUCGUGUUGUCUGUCUGGCGUAAGGAAACGGUGAGGUAUCGAGGAGACAGACGAAACUACUAAAAAAUACACUUCUACUGCUGCCGGUUGGAGUUACCAUCUCUCGCCCUUGUAGGAAACACAAGACUCAUGCAGUGCGAAGAACCCAAGUGAAUGUCGGCUGGCAGGGAAAACAAGGCUCUUGGAACGGAGCGUGUGUGUUGGUGCAGCGAUCAGCGCCUCCGCCUCUGCCUCCUGAUGGCCGUCAACGUGCUUAUGCCGCUCCUCAUUCCCCUGGGAGAGCAGAUCACAAAUGUGACGCAGUUGACAGCAGUGGGUAACCUGGCCUUCACUCAGCCCAUGUAUGAGGUGUUCGUGAGGGAGAACACGGCGCCAGUGGUCUUGCUGACACUUCACGCCACCACAAACACUUCGGACGCCUCGGUGGAGUACCGCUUGGUGAGCGGGUCCGCUGGUGGCCUGUUCGUGGUGGGGCGCGCCUCCGGUCACCUCACCCUUACAACGCCUCUUGAUUAUGAAUCCAAAAACAGGUACGAAAUCAUAGUGGCUGGUCUGGCGGUGGAGGAACGAGCCUUCGCGAGAGUGUCAGUACGAGUGAAGGACGUCAACGAUCUCGCUCCUUCCUUCCCUCGUCCUGUGCUGGAGACCCAAAUUACAGAAGAAGACGACAGUUACCUCCCUAAACUCAUUCUUCAGGUGUCAGCUCGAGACGGGGACGCAAGUGACCAAGGAAGGCUUGUAUACACUUUGGAAGGUGACGGGGUGUCUGCUACUCACCCAAGCUUCUCCAUAAGCCGCCACUCGGGGCACCUUCACCUGCUGCAGGCGUUGGACCGAGACGCGCCUCGGGGACGCGCUCGGUGGAGGCUGGUGGUGUGGGUGACGGACGGACUACACACAGCCAGCGCCGAGGUGCACGUUAACGUGAAAGACAUCAACGACAACGCACCGUUCUUCCCCAACAUGACCAUCAACGCAACAGUGCCUGAGAAUGCCGAAGCAGGGUGGGAGGUGACCAGCGUGACGGCCACUGACUUCGAUGACCCGCGAGAGGGAACCAACGCUGUCAUCUCUUACUCCGUCGAGAAGAAUGUCAUUGAUGAGUUCAGCGGCCAGCCCAUUUUUGACAUAGAUUCUGUCUCUGGCAGUGUCAGCACCGCUCUAUGUUGCCUCGACCGUGAACGAACACCCUUUUAUGCUAUUCAGGUGGUGGCGUCUGACGGCGGCGGACUCAAAGGCACAGGCACGGUGCUGGUGACGGUGCUGGACGACAACGACGUAUCGCCGAAGUUUACGAGGCGUGACUGGCAUCUGCUGGUGCACGAGAUCACUGAGCCCCUCGCCACCGUGGCCUUCCUCACCGUCACCGACCCGGACCUCAGCAACGAGUUUGAGUUCAAGAUCGUUCCUGAAAGUGGCUUCGGCUGGGAAAGAUUUCGAAUAGUGAGCUCGGAGCACGGAAGUGGCGCUCUGCAGGCGGUGGAAGACUUGGACUAUGAGGAUCGUGGUCAGAGACGAGGCUUUAAGUUCAGAGUGCAGGUGUCUGAUAAGGCGGUCAAUCGAUGGAAGGACGACGAGCAUGUGGACGAGGCCUGGGUCACCUUGACGCUCGUGGAUGACAAUGACAAUGCGCCCUUCCUGCCCCUGACGAGUGUUAACCUGACCCUUCCCGAGGACACGCCCGUUGGUUACUCCCUGACGACGUUCACAGCUACUGAUCUUGACCAAGGCGGCGAGGACGAGGUCAGGUACACCAUCGACCCUCUCAGUGACCCCUUUCGUCUCUUCGCGGUUGACUCUUCGGGUCAUGUCUGGUUACGCCGCACGCUGGACCGAGAGUCUGCCAAGAGCCACGCGGUGAAAGUGUUAGCGGUGGACAGCGGUGUUCCUGCUCUUACUUCCACCGCCACGCUGCUGCUCACCGUCACGGAUGUAAAUGACAACGCACCCAACGUAGCCAAUCCUGACACGCUGUACAUCCCGGAGAACAGCGGGCCAAGACAUGUGGCAGACCUGUUACUGGAUGAUGCCGAUGACUGGAGCAAGGGACACGGCCCACCCUUCUCUGUCACCCUCGACGAGCGCGCUCCCGAUGAUAUCAAGAGGACCUUUGCCGUCGAUUUUAAUGCAGAAGGAGACGAGGGGCGCGGCGUGGCUGUGGUGACAUCACUUCGUCCGCUGGAUCGGGAGAAAUCGGUCACCAGACUACUGCCUUUGGUUCUCGGGGACGCGCGGCGACUCACUACAACUGCCACUAUCACUCUCACGGUGGCUGACGUCAAUGACAACCCAAUGAGGCCUGGCCAGAAAACCGUCAGCGUUACCAGACUCAUGGGCGAGGAGAUGGCCAUCCCGCUGGGACGGGUGUACGUGGACGACGACGAUGACUGGGAUGCUGGGGACAAGACCUGGACAUGGGGACGAGGGGAGCACCAUCCUCUCUUCACACUGCACGCUCACACUGGCCAGCUAAUGAUGAGUGAGCACGCCCACGACGGCACAUAUCAGUUGUCUUUCUGGGUGAGCGAUGCGCAUCACGGCCAGAGUAACGUGGAGGCCAACGUGACGGUGAUAGUAAAUAGUGUCAGCCUCGAUGACUUGACUUGUGCCGUGCCCGUCACAGUCACCUCCCACCCCCCAGGCCGCCUCAUCACGCCGCUAAAGGGAAGCGCCCAGGCACCACUGGAGGCCCUGCGUGCCGCGGUACAGAGUGUGGCCAAGGCAGGCGUGGAGGUGGUGUCCGUAGAGGCUGACUCAGAUGUUGGUGGGACAUCAGGUACUCGGUUGUGGCUAACGGCGCGCUCCAGACAUCCGCUGGACCAGAUCCUCCUGCUGCACCGGAAGAAGAUAUCAACUCAGUCUAGCGUGACGGUGAUGUGGGUAGGGGUCAACAUGUGCGUCGUUCCCUUUGCCUCCAAGCGUCACCCUCACGAUAGAAUGUGGGUGGUGGACGCCAACACUACGGCUCUGGUCACGCCGCGCCUGCAGGUGCCUAGGAGUCAGUGCAGCUGCUUCCCUCAAGCCUCUAGCUUGAGCAGACAACGGCACAAACCAGUUAGUUUAUCAGGGCAGCCUAGUGUAGCGGCCGUAACUCAUAUUGUGUCCUGCCACCCCAAUCCUUGCCUCAACGGGGGCCGUUGUGUCCUGCAGGCCCGUGUGUCCAGGUGCGUGUGUCCUGAAGGAACCAGCGGCUCCAUUUGCAAGCAGUUAAGUCGACACUUCACCGGCAAUGGAUGGGCAUGGACGGCGCCCCUUCCAUCAGUUAAUCGAGCCCAUAUUUCGCUGGAAUUCCUCACUUUACGAGAGGAGGGUCUGCUGCUCUACGCGGGACCGCCAGACACUCCCCACUUGGACGUUCCCCUCAUGCAGGAAGACGUGCUGAGCGUGGAACUGGAGGACGGAAGGCCACGGCUGCUGCUGGACGUGGGGAGCAGUCCUGUCCUGCUCGCCGCCUCCCCAGGCCGCCCCCUACCCCGCCUAGCUGACGGUCACUGGCACCGCCUCGACGUGGUGUGGGGAGCGCAGAGAGUAGAGCUUAUCGUUGAUCGAUGUGAGGCAGGAGGGGAGUGUAGGGUGUCCGCUCCCCUGCCACCCCAGGAGCCCAUGCUGAGUGUGGCGGCACCCCUGCAGGUUGGAGGGUUAGCUCAUGCGGCACCGGACGCCCUGCAGCACGGGUGGCCCACGCAGGUCAAUGGCCACUAUUUUCAUGGUUGUAUAAAGAAUCUACGAGUGAAUGGAGAGCUGCGUGACCUGGGCGAGGCGGUGCUGGGGGAGGGUAGCUCGUCCGGGUGUGAGGGACACGAUCCCUGUGUCCUGGCUGGAGGACCCUGCCCCCCUAGAGCGAGGUGUAUGAGGAUGGAUGGACAGUGGGUGUGCGGGUGCGAGCCUGGCUGGGCGGGGGAGGACUGUCGCACCCACACCCAACCUGCUUACUUUGCCUCUAGUAGCUACGUCAAGAUGGCGCUCUCUUCCAUUCCUCCUGCUCAGUCCACAUUUAUUCAGUUACGAUUCCGAACGUGGGAGGCGUGGGGGCAGCUGGUGGCCGUCACGUCUCAGCAUGGGCGUGACCUAGCGGCGAUACACCUGCUGAACAGUCAUGUGUGUCUCCAGAUGCGGCUCCAUCCAGCCGCCCUCACCCACCUGUGUCUGUCGGAGGUCCCUCUGGCUGAUGGAGAGUGGCACACCGUCUACGUCCACAGACAAGGCGAGUGGGCGGAGCUCCAUGUGGAUGAAGGAGAUGGUCCACUGUACAAUGCUACGUCCACCCCAGCCGUGACCCAGGGUUGGUCCACUUCCCUGUUGGUGGACAGGCAGGAAGGGGUUCACGUGGGUGGGUCUCCGGAGUACGUUGGCGUCAGUCUUUACAUCGUUCAUCAUGAUUUUCACGAUGGUUGCUUAGACGAUCUAAGGGUGUCUGGGCUCCAACUUCCUCUGCCUCCUCUUCUCAACACCUCUUCCCUGGCUCAAGCAACAAUGUUUACCAAUGUCUCAGCGGGAUGCAGCGCUCCCUCGGCUUGCGCCAACGUAACUUGUGAAGAACCUUUCUCGUGUAUCGACAUCUGGUGGAAAUAUGAAUGCGGGUGUCCGGUGGGAUCGCAGUUUUCUCACGGGGGAGGCUCUUGCCAGGACCUGGAUGAGUGCGAGUGGUUGCCCUGCCUGAAUGGCGGUACGUGUGUCAACCGAGAGCCAGGCUACUCCUGCCACUGCGCGGCUUCCUACGGCGGCGAACAUUGUGAGACUGAGAGGAAAGACGCAGCAGUGGUGGCGUUCCCCGUCACGACCCUGGUGGUGGUUGUGGUGUGGACCUUCCUCCUACUGGCAGUGGUAGUGGCAGUGUGCGUGUGUCGCCUGAGACGACAGCACCAGGGCAGCAGUAGUGGUGGGAGCGGUGUAGUCACCCCAGGCGGGCAAGUGUCUGUGACGAAUGCGCCAGCAGAGCAAGUGGAACUGACGGUAACUACAGAAUCCGCACGCCCAUCCCCACACCCACUGCGAACUAAAGUGACUGAGGAGGUUGACAUCCUUAGGAAGAGUGUGGCGGCACCGCACAGUGAAGGUCAACCUGGUGCAGGAUGUGGCUGCCCGCCCCUCCCCACCCUGGAUGAUCUUCGCAACUAUGCUUACGAAGGUGACGGUAGCUCUCCGGACUCCCUUUCCUCAUGUUGCUCCGGUGGACAUUUCGGAGGAGAGAUUCGAUUUAUAGGAGGAUUCCAGGAAGUUUCAAACUUACUAAGUUGUCUGAGUGCACCGGAGACUGCAGAUCCCUCGGCACAAGGAGGCGCGACUCGGGGUUCUGCUGCGGACGUCAGUAACUCUAAACACUCUUCCAGCCACACGCUUCUCCACGUUCUCCAGUCGAGUCUCAAAGCUGAAGAAGGUAUAGUCGACCAGACAAAGAAUAAUGGUGUCAGAAUCGGAAAAACAGAAAAUAAAAGUAAUGGUUUUGAUAGAAAUAUAGUGAAGCUCUCCAGUGUGGGGCAUUACUCCCCGUCGGUGUUAGGAGGCUCUCCAUUCUGCACUUCCAUCAUACAGACAGGAAAAUAUGAGUCUCUGAGGGGAAAAAAGGAAGUGUUUCAUCAGUCACUGAAGAGAAAGAAGUCUGACAUUAAAGUGACGUGUGUGUGCACUGACACCAUCGAUGCCCCCACUGACUUUAGUUGGCAGGGAAAAUCUUUGGACCAAGUGGCACGGGAACAGUCGCCUAACUGUCAUUUCCACUCCUUGUGUAGAACCUGUAUCAUACUGAGUGCUACAUAUCCAUCCAGUGUGCAAGGAAUAUGUCGACACAGCCAGUCGACUUCCAAUUUGUUCUCCGUUCUUACCGCCGCGACACAAGCUGGCGGCGAGCAGAUGCGCACGGGGCGGUGCAGCAGUGCUGGCAGCGUCGUGCGUUGUGCUCAUUCUCUUAAUAUAGAGGGAAAUAAAUACAGCAUAAAACCAUAUUGUCGAGAAUGUUCAGUGAAACUACGGGGUCUGCAUAAGGAGAGGACUGCGGACCUCAAUAUUUUCCAGAGCAACGACACAUAGGGGCUAACCUAUUACAGGAGAUGACUAUAAGUAAUGUAUGCUGAUGUCUCAUACCAAUAAACAUAUACUUUUGAGUAUUUUGAGCAUCGUGGAUGAUUAAUUUUGUAGUUUUAUAAUCAAGAGAGUAUUUAAUACUGCCUCGUGAAAUUUUGUAAAGAUUGUGGAAAAUUUUCAUAAGGAAGGAUCUUUUAGUAUUUUGUAAUAUGUGUGUGAGUGUGUGUGUGUGUGUGUGUGUGUGUGUGUGUGUGUGUGUGUGUGUGUGUGUGUGUGUGUGUGUGUGUGUGUGUGUUAAUACAUGUAUAUUCGCAAGGGAAUUACUGUGUUUCAAGAACAAUACAGGUGUUUUAGAGUCCUGUACCAAAUAUUAUAUAGAUAUUAUGAUUGAACCAUAAUCGGUCUGGGUGAGAUGGUCUCAAUUCCUGAUGCAGAAGCAAUGGUUUUCUUUAUUUUUCGUCACGAGGUCAUAUGGCUGAAAGUGAGGCAGCACUAAUAAGCUUCAUCCGUAUUCCUUCUUUACUUUUGCUUGACCGGUUCAGUUGUUGUGAAUGUAGUCUGUUCAUGGUGGGGAGAACUGACACAUUUAGUAAAUACAUCAGCCAAAAAGACCACGUUCCUUCAGGACAAAGGCGUCAAUUAUUGUAGUUGCCAUGAUCAGGAAGUUAAUGAUGCGGGUCCCACCUCGGUCACUCUUGACUCUUGACUCUUGAAUUAUGAAAGGAAUACUAAUGAUAAAUCUGUAUGUUUUAUUUUUUUCUUUUAUAAAAGUAACACAAAUAAGCUUUAACUGUGAUUUAAAAUGACAUCUGCACUUGCUUGAAUGUUGUGAAAGGCAAUUACAAAAUGCCUUAUACAUAUGUAGGUGUUGAAUUAUUACAACCUUGUCUCUGAGUUGAGCAAUUACUAGUGUUAUGCCACGUUAGGCUUUGAAGUCAAUACUUUAUCAGUCUAUUUGUGUAUCAUCAAGAACAUUAUUAAAGGAUGCUUUCGAGUA